CGCGAAAAUGAACGAUAGCUUCACAUAUUUUGGACAUUGUUGAAUAAUUAAACAGAUGCUAGUUUUAAUUAAGAGAUUGCAGAUCUUUUAUAAAUGAAAUCAUUUGAGUUUAAAGUGCUAUAUUUAUGGAAAAUAGUAGUUAUUUUGCUCAACUCGAGAGAUACCGGUGUUUAUACUUACGGAAAGCUGCGAUUGUACUGGAUCCGCAUUGUACACGUGUAGCUGGCAUAUGACCGUAAAAUGGCGGCCUCCAUGGUAGACGACGACAAACAAAUAUCGCAUGCAAAAUCGACAUCUUCUAGUUUAAACGGCGACGGGGAUGGAUUUAAAGUUUAUAAAAGAAGAUGGUACAUCUUACUGGUUGUGUUUCUUCUGAACUUGACAAAUGGAAUGAUCUGGAUCACAUUUUCUCCCAUAGCGGAUACAACUGUGCCAUAUUACAAUAUCACACCAUUUCAAGUGAACAUUCUUGUUUUGGUGUUUGCAAUUGCAAGUAUUCCUCUUGGGUUUGUAGCAUCUUGGUUGCUAGACACGCUAGGACUCCGUUUGAGUCUGAUUUUAGCAGCCUGGUUAAAUGGCAUAGGAAGUUUGCUCAGAAAUGUCAGCACAUUUGAGUCCGUACCCCUGGGAUAUCGAUUCACUGUGUGUCUGACAGGUCAGAUAUUGGCAGCCUGUGCUCAGCCAUUCAUAAUGUUUGCUCCAACAAAGCUUGCUGCCCUGUGGUUUGCAGGGGACCAGAGGGCUACAGCCAACAUGAUGGCAUCCAUGGCAAAUCCACUAGGAAUUAUGGUUGCAAAUUUAUUGGCACCAAACAUUGUUCAGCAGCAACAAGAUAUACCAACAUUGUUGUGGAUCAUCACAGCCCCGACCCUUGCCACCCUGCUGAUGGCCACGUUCGGUGUGUGCAGCUCAAUACCCCCUACCCCACCCACCUCCAGUGCAGAGGAGAAGUCAGAGCCAUUCUUUCAAGGACUCAAACAGAUACUGAGGAACCGCCACUACUGGGUGCUCAACUUUGUGUUUGGGGCGGGGCUGGCCCUGUUCACAGCUUUCUCAUCUUUCUUUGACCAGAUGCUGUGUCCCAGGGGCUAUUCUGACAUGUAUGCAGGCAUGUGUGGUGCCCUCAUGAUAGGCACAGGGUCAUUAGGGGCGGUGGCGGCAGGCAUCUAUGUGGACCGAACCAAGCGCUUUGAGGAAGUCGUCAAGAUCUGCUGGUGUCUCAGCUGCCUUUUUGGUAUUGGAUUCGUCCAGUUUGCCCGCUUUAGAGACCAGCAUGUGGUUGUUGCAGUCAUGGUAUCCCUGUUUGGAGGAUUUGGGUUCGCCAUCUACCCGAUCUGCAUGGAACUGGCUGUAGAGGUCACGUAUCCAGUCGCAGAGGCCACCAGUGCGGGACUUAUGAUCAUUUCAGGUCAAAUCCAGGGUGUGAUCUACAUGUUAGCUAUGCAGUUCAUGGCGACUGACCUCUCAGAGUACGAACUAAGCCUGGGCACUGGAUGUAGCACCAGUAUUCAGAAGGCCAACGACUUCACUCCACAGGACUGGACAGACCCAGGGCUAUUUGUGAGUGUGGUGGCAACCGUUUCUGCAUUCAUAUUGAUCACGUUCUUCAAGGCAGUGUACAGACGCAUGAACAAGGAGCAACAGAUAGCAGCUGCCCGCAUCAUGAACCAGAGGAUAGAAAUCAGACCGGAGGUUCACAUGUGAAUAUGUAGCAGAAGAUUGAAAUCCAUUGAGUCGUUGAUGUAAAACACAAAUUGUGAACGUGACGAUUUAAAAUCAGAUCACUAGUUAAGGCAUGACUAUGGAAAUGGCGAUUUGUAUUUUGUUAGUGAGGUAGGGUUUCAGUUAUAAAAGCCUUGUUCCCCACAUGGUAAUCUCAGGGACAUUUGUGCUUUUCUCAAAGACAUUGCCACAUGUCAUAUCAGCAGUGUCUUUUACUUGUGAUAGACGCUUGUGGACAAAAUGUUGUGUCCCUAUAAGCACACAACUUGCUAGGCCUCUCAGGUUAGCGAUCUAGAGACUUUCUGCCUUAUGGUUGUAAGGUGUUCUUUUUGUGUUUGCGUUUCUAUUUGUGCCUUAUUGAAUGUGCACGAAAAGGCAGACCAAAUGAGUCGCUUAUUUUAUUGAUUCUUAUAACUAUUUUAAAGUUGAUAGUGUUGUUCAAAAUAAUAUUUAUGUUUUUUAUUUUUUAAAUGCAAUUUUUGCAAUCUUUAUUGCCAUACAAAAUAGUGAGCUUUAGCUAAACCUGUUAAAACAGGCUUGAGAAUGUCAAGAAAUAGGUGGCUGAUGUUGAUGGGGGCAUUACAGAAAGUGAUUUGCUUGUUGUAUGUGGACAUGUCCAGAAAUACACUUUUUGUCAGGCAUUGUUAACCAGGUUUUCCGAAGGAAAAAACUGGUUAUUAGAUUGGCGAAUGCGGGCGGGCUGGCGGGCGGGCGGAACAAGCUUGUCCGGGCCAUAACUAUGUUGUUCAUUGUCAGAUUUUAAAAUCAUUUGGCACAUUUGUUCACCAUCAUUGGAUGGUGUGUCGCGCGAAAUAAUUACGUCGAUAUCUCCAAGGUCAAGGUCACACUUUGAGUUCAAAGGUCAAAAAUGGCCAUAAAUGAGCUUGUCCUGGCCAUAACUAUGUCAUUCAUUGUGAGAUUUUAAAAUCAUUUGGCACAUUUGUUCACCAUCAUGGGACGGUGUGUCGCACGAAAGAAUCACGUCAAUAUCUCCAAUGUCAAGGUCGCCACGACUAGAAAUAGAUUUUUUUUUUUUUUACUUUCAAAGGGGGUUAAUUUUGUUUGUUCAUUUCAAAAGUUCAGUUUGAGUUUUCUCCCUUUAUCAGUUUUUUUUUCACAAUGAAAACCUGGUUUUGUGACAAUUUUGUCCCUUGUUUUCUCUUUGUACUGCAUAGAACAUGGUUGUAGUUUUAAUUAUUAUCUUUAUAUAUAAUUGAUGUUUUAUUUCUAAUAGCUUUGGAAACCGUGUGUAUGUUUUGUUUUGUAUUGCAUAUGUUCAUUUGAUUAUUGUAAUUCUAGCUAUUGCAUGUUAAAUUUAAAGAGCCUGUUGCCUUUAAAGAGACUGUACAAAAAUAAUAAAAUGCAUACUGGAAUGUCAUAAGUUCUAAUAGAACAAAAUUAUACUUGUUUUUAUUAAGAACUAUUUGUUUGAAAUACGAGUACAUUUAAGCUAGCUUACUUGGUCGAACACUAAACUACGAAUCUGAGGAUUGCGGGUUCGAUUCCCAGCCCGACCACAUAACUUGUGUGGCCAUUUGUCAUUAAAUUAUUUAUACAACAAUUGUAUACAAACUGUGUGAUAGAUUUCCACCAAAUUGUUAUUAUUGGCAGAUUAUAUGCAUGUGUUUGUGUUUUGGUAUGUAAGCUGUCCAUGAGAAUGAAUUCUGAAAUGUUAAUGUUUUUGUUGACUUUGGCUUAAAGAUUCCUCUGUUAUUUAUUGUUGUUUGUUGAUGUUCAUAACCUGGUAAAUAAUUAACAUGAAAUGGUCAUUUUACAUUUGCAUGUAUAUUUAUGUUUUUCAGUUAACCUCCAUUUUUUUCGAAAUAUCUUAACUGUGUGCUACCAAUAAUUUACCAAAUCAUGUUCAAUUUACACACACUAAUGUAUUCAUGAUUGUUCUUCUUAAUUGCUUUUUAUAUAAAAUUAUAUUUUAUUAUUUUGUUAUUUAUUUAUAAGAAAAUGUGCUUAAUAGAUCGACACAUACCGGUA